AUGGGCGUGUCUGUUCGAUCAUUGGCCGUCCUCGGCUUCGCCGGGCUCGUCGCGGCGCUCGCGGUUCCGAAGAGCUACGCCGUCGACAGAAGCUAUAGCCUAAUGUCCGACCUUGGCACCAACUACACCGUUUUUGAACACGCGGCGACGAACUCCAGGACGAGGUUCGUCACUGACUCCAAGAUUUGCGAAACCACUCCCAAUGUGAAGCAGUACUCGGGAUAUUUUGACGUCGGUACGGACCAGAACAUGUUCUUCUGGUUCUUCGAGGCCCGAGACAAGCCAAAAGAGGCUCCCGUGGCGUUGUGGUUGAACGGUGGACCAGGCUGCAGCUCCAUGUUGGGCCUCUUUCAGGAGAACGGUCCUUGCACCUUCAACGGAGGUGGCGACGAGCCCAAACUGAACCCCAACUCUUGGAAUAAUUACGCCAACAUGCUCUAUGUGGACCAACCAAUCGGGGUCGGUUUCAGUUACGGCACGAACGAUGUCGAUUCAACUGUCAAAGCGGCACCCAAGGUGUGGUCGUUGAUGCAAUCAUUCUACACGCAGUUCCCGGAGUACAAGAGCCGGGAUUUCGGACUUUUCACGGAGUCUUACGGCGGCCACUACGGCCCGGAGUUCAUCAACCACUUCCAGACACAGAACGCCAAGAUUGACAAGGGCGAGGUCAAGGGUGAGAAGAUCAAGGUGGUCGCUCUUGGUGUGAAUAAUGGCUGGAUAGACGCUCGCAACCAGUACCGGGAUUACUUGGACUACGCCAUCAACAACACAUACAACAAGCUCAUUGACCAGCCCAAGUAUGAUGAGCUCGCCAAGGCAUACGACAAGGAUUGCGCGCCUGCCAUGGAUAAGUGCACCGCACCCGAGGGCAAUAACGAGGCUUGUGUCGCUGCCGAAACCGCGUGUUUCAACGCCAUUGAGGCACCCAUCGAGGCCAUCAAACAGUUCAAUGUGUACGAUGUCAGAGCGAAAGAUGACAAGUUUCCACCCAACACGUACAUGAAGUACAUCAACAAACCCGAAGUCAUGAAGGCCAUCGGUGCCAAGUCACAGUACCAGGAGUGCCCCCAAGCUCCUUACGACAAGUUCACGGCUACAGGAGAUGGCCAACGCUCGUUUCUCGAAACCCUCGGCAAGGUUACGCAGACCGAUGUACAGGUCCUAGUGUGGGCUGGUGAUGCUGAUUGGAUCUGCAACUAUGUUGGCAACUUCAGAGCAGUCACUCGCAUUGGGGGACCCGACUUCGAAAAGGCCGAGAUGAAAGAUUUCAUGCUUGAUGGGAAGAAGAAGGGAGAGUACAAGACGAACAAGAACCUGAGCUGGAUGAGGGUGUUUGAUGCCGGUCACGGGCUGAUGUCCUACCAGCCCGAGGUCGCUCUGGUUGCGUUCAAACAAACGAUGAUGAAGAAACCUAUCUCAUCGCCUCAGAAUAUGGCCGCACACAGGAGCUCGCUCGACAAGAGCGAGGUCGAGGCUAUCCAACACAGGCCAUCCGGAGAAACCCACCUCGAGAAAGUUCCCGAGGCCAUCGAAGUCGGCCCCUACCGCGUGUUUGGUUUGAGUCCUGAGGAUGCGGACUUCUACAACAACUAUCCGGACGAGAAGCGGAAGAAGGUUUUCCACAAGGUUGAUGUACGACUGGUUCCGAUGCUCGCCCUUCUGUACUUGAUCUGCCACAUUGAUCGCGCCAACAUUGGAAAUGCCAAGAUCGAGGGCAUGGUUGAGGACUUGGGCAUGACGGGCGUGCAGUACAACACUGUCCUUUCCAUCUUCUUCGUCCCAUACGUCCUCUUCGAAGUCCCCAGCAACAUCAUCCUCAAGAAAGUCAAGCGCCCUUCCACGUACCUCGGCAGUCUUACCCUUGCAUGGGGUAUUGUCAUGACUUGCACAGGCUUGGUGAGGAACUUCGCCGGCCUGAUGGUUACCCGCAUUCUCCUUGGCAUCUUCGAGGCCGGUUUCUUCCCCGGUGCUAUUUACCUGUGCUCAUACUGGUACAUGCCCAGCGAUCUCUCCGUCCGAAUCUCAUACUUCUACUGCGCAAGUGCCCUAUCUGGUGCCUUCUCCGGUCUCCUAGCCGCAGCCAUCGCCGAAAUGGAUGGUGUUGCCGGCAUGGAAGGCUGGCGCUGGAUUUUCAUCCUCGAGGGCCUCGCCACCGUCUGCCUCGGCGUGGCGUGCUUCUUCCUGCUCAUCGACACGCCGACCCUCUCCACGCGCUGGCUGGAGCCCGAGGAGAUCAAGUACCUAGAACUCUCCAUCUUCAUCAAGCAGGGCGGUGGAUCUCGCGACGAACACGGCGAUAACAAGGUCAACUGGAGGGACCUCAAGAUGAACCUCACCAACUGGCGCAUCUACGUCCAGGCGUAUUUCCUGGUCUGCCAGUCUGCGCUGUCGUACGGUAUCAAGUUCACCCUCCCGACCAUCACGAAAGCCAUGGGUUUCGCGAAUACCCAAGCGCAACUGCUCUCCGCGCCGCCGUACGUCGCCGCCGCCAUCUCCGCCGUCAGCUUCGCCAAGGUAUCCGAUCGGUUCUUCUGGCGCAUGCCGUUCCUCGCCAUCCCACUCGCCAUCGUCGCCGUCGCCUAUUCGAUCAUUCUGUCCCUCAACGGCGCGCUUGCGGAGAAGCGAGGAGUCGCGUACUUCUCCGUCGUCCUCGCGGUCAUCGGUAUUUAUCCCAUUCAGGCAGCGGCCGCAUCGUGGAACGCGAACAACAUUGCUCCUGCCUCGCGACGUGCGAUCGGUAUCGCUCUCAUGAACUGCGUCGGCAACGUUGGUGGAAUCGUUGGCAGUUUUAUGUACCUCGAGAGCGAGAAGCCCAAGUACCACACUGGGUUCGGUCUGAGUUUGGCGUUCGGUGGAAGUGGUCUUAUCGUAGCCUUCCUUCUUGAGUGGAGUUACAAGGCGGCCAACGCGAAGAAAGCAAGAAUUGCUGACGAGGCAAAGGAGAAGUACACCGAGGAAGAGCUGUUCAACAUGGGAGACAGGUCGCCUCUGUUUAAGUAUGUGCUUUGA